UGAUCUCGCUGCUCGCGAGUCCGCCCGGCCCCUCCGCUUCCGGUUCCGCCGCCGCCACCGCCCCCGCAGCGGUGUUUUAAGRAACUGGAACCAUGACGGACUCCAAAUACUUCACGACCAAUAAAAAAGGAGAGAUUUUUGAACUGAAGGCUGAACUCAACAAUGAAAAGAAAGAGAAGAGGAAAGAAGCUGUGAAGAAGGUUAUUGCAGCCAUGACCGUGGGGAAGGAUGUCAGCUCUCUGUUYCCUGAUGUUGUGAACUGCAUGCAGACUGACAACCUGGAGCUGAAGAAGCUGGUCUACCUGUACCUGAUGAACUAUGCCAAAAGCCAGCCAGACAUGGCCAUCAUGGCUGUCAACAGCUUCGUGAAGGACUGUGAGGACCCCAACCCCCUGAUCCGUGCACUGGCCGUGCGCACCAUGGGAUGCAUCCGCGUGGAUAAAAUCACCGAGUACCUGUGCGAGCCKCUCCGCAAGUGUCUGAAGGACGAGGACCCCUACGUGAGGAAAACCGCGGCCGUCUGCGUGGCCAAGCUGCACGACAUCAAUGCCCAGAUGGUGGAGGACCAAGGAUUCCUGGAUUCCCUGCGUGACCUGAUUGCAGACUCCAAUCCCAUGGUGGUGGCAAAUGCCGUGGCCGCUCUGUCAGAGAUCAGCGAGUCCCACCCCAACAGCAACCUGCUGGAUCUGAACCCUCAGAACAUCAACAAGCUGCUGACAGCUCUGAACGAGUGCACUGAGUGGGGRCAGAUCUUCAUCCUGGACUGCCUGUCCAACUACAACCCCAAGGAUGACCGGGAAGCUCAGAGCAUUUGUGAGCGGGUGACCCCCCGGCUGUCUCACGCCAACUCRGCCGUGGUGCUGUCAGCAGUGAAGGUCCUGAUGAAGUUCCUGGAGCUCCUCCCCAAGGAUUCUGAYUAUUACAACAUGCUGCUGAAGAAACUUGCCCCUCCACUGGUGACCCUGCURUCUGGAGAGCCUGAAGUUCAGUAUGUCGCCCUGAGGAACAUCAACUUGAUUGUGCAGAAAAGGCCUGAAAUCCUGAAGCAGGAGAUCAAAGUGUUCUUUGUGAAGUACAACGACCCCAUCUAUGUCAAACUGGAGAAACUGGACAUCAUGAUCCGCCUGGCUUCCCAAGCAAACAUCGCCCAGGUCCUGGCAGAGCUCAAGGAAUACGCCACCGAGGUGGACGUUGACUUCGUGCGCAAGGCCGUGCGAGCCAUYGGCCGCUGUGCCAUCAAGGUGGAGCAAUCUGCAGAGCGCUGUGUGAGCACRCUGCUGGACCUCAUCCAGACCAAGGUCAACUACGUGGUGCAGGAGGCCAUCGUCGUCAUCAAGGACAUCUUCCGCAAGUACCCCAACAAGUAUGAAAGCAUCAUUGCCACUCUKUGUGAGAACCUGGAUUCCCUGGACGAGCCAGAUGCCAGAGCUGCCAUGAUCUGGAUAGUGGGCGAAUACGCAGAAAGAAUCGACAACGCGGAUGAGCUGCUGGAGAGUUUCUUGGAGGGCUUCCACGAUGAAAGCACUCAGGUGCAGCUCACCCUCCUGACUGCCAUAGUGAAGCUGUUCUUGAAAAAGCCUUCUGAGACACAGGAGCUGGUCCAGCAGGUCCUGAGCCUGGCCACACAGGAUUCUGACAACCCAGACCUGCGGGAUCGUGGCUACAUCUACUGGCGCCUUCUCUCCACGGACCCGGUGACCGCCAAGGAAGUGGUGCUCUCGGAAAAGCCGCUCAUUUCCGAGGAGACCGAUCUGAUUGAGCCCACCCUGCUGGAUGAGCUCAUCUGCCACAUCGGAUCUYUGGCUUCUGUGUACCACAAACCCCCCAACGCUUUCGUGGAGGGCAGCCACGGCAUCCACCGCAAGCACCUGCCCAUCCACCAUGGCAGCACUGAUGCUGGCGACAGCCCCGUGGGCACCACGACCACCACAAACCUGGAGCAGCCRCAGGUCAUCCCAUCCCAGGGUGAUCUCCUGGGUGACCUCCUCAACCUGGACCUGGGGCCACCUGUGAAUGUUCCCCAGGUGUCCUCCAUGCAGAUGGGAGCUGUGGACCUCCUGGGAGGAGGGCUGGACAGCUUGCUUGGCAGUGACCUUGGCGGGGGCAUUGGAGGAAGCCCGGCAGUGGGACAGACCUACAUCCCCUCCUCUGUGCCAGCCACUUUUGCUCCUUCUCCCACCCCAGCAGUGGUCAGCAGUGGACUCAACGAUCUCUUCGAGCUCUCGCCUGGCAUAGGGAUGGCUCCAGGAGGAUAUGUGGCUCCCAAGUCUGUUUGGCUUCCUGCAGUGAAGGCCAAAGGACUGGAGAUCUCAGGCACAUUCAGCCACAGGCAGGGGCACAUCUACAUGGAGAUGAACUUUACCAAUAAGGCUUUGCAGCACAUGACUGACUUUGCCAUUCAGUUCAAUAAGAACAGCUUUGGGGUCAUCCCGAGCACCCCCCUGGCCAUUCACACCCCUCUGAUGCCAAACCAAAGUAUUGAUGUCUCCCUGCCCCUCAACACUCUGGGACCAGUMAUGAAAAUGGAGCCUCUGAACAACCUUCAGGUGGCUGUGAAAAACAACAUCGAUGUCUUCUACUUCAGCUGCCUCAUCCCUCUCAACGUGCUCUUCGUAGAGGAUGGCAAAAUGGAGCGCCAGGUCUUCCUUGCAACAUGGAAGGAUAUUCCAAAUGAAAAUGAGCUUCAGUUCCAGAUUAAAGACUGUCACCUGAACGCUGACACUGUCUCCAGCAAACUGCAGAACAACAACGUCUACACCAUYGCCAAGAGGAACGUGGAGGGGCAGGACAUGCUCUACCAAUCUCUGAAACUCACCAAUGGCAUCUGGAUCCUGGCUGAGCUCCGCAUCCAGCCCGGCAACCCCAACUACACGCUCUCCCUGAAAUGCCGAGCUCCAGAAGUGUCCCAGUACAUCUACCAGGCCUACGAUGCCAUCUUGAAAAACUAACAGGAGAUGGAGCCUGUGCCUCACCCUGCAGGAGGAGGGGGGGAAAAAAGGGGUCCCCGGAGCCUCCUUCACCGCCAGCGCGGGGGAAAAGCACUCCUAACUGGAAGCAGCUGUAUUCAUGUGUAGGAUUUCAGUCAAAGGCACUGAUUAAAACAAGGUAGCAAUUAGUAUCCACGUGCUAACGAUGAUAGGGAACAAACCCCUUUGGUAUUUUUAGCGUCCAUGGAGUUUGUAACCACUGCUUCGAACUACUCCCGUGUCCCCCUCRCCCCUCACUCAUCCGUUCUCGUGGGCUUCUCUCCAUUUUGUGCCAAUGUUCAGUGUUUUCUAAAUGGCUUUAGGUGUAGUUUCGAUUUUGUAAAAAUAACCGCUCAUUGGAAAAACAAAAAAAAAACACCGAGCAAAAACCACACGUCCGCUCAUUAAAACAAGGCAAAAGUGUCAAAAACCUAACACAGCACUUUAUAUUUUUUAUACAUUUUCUUUUUUUGAGUUUUUCUAUUGUAAUUGGCUCAAAGGGAAGGCGAUUCCGAGGAAGUCUUGGGAGCCUGGCAGGGAUGUGGGGCUCUAGCAGGGCGAGCACAGCCUUGGGGAAUUAGGAGCAGAGCAAUCAGCUGGGUGCAGGAGGGGGAUGGAGCCCUAAACAGGGGGUUUUGUUACUCCUGGCCCUGCUUCGAUGGUGUUUUCACUCCCUGGCUCCUGAGCUGCUGAUCCGUGGAGUGAGGCUGCUUUUAUGUGGGGAGGAAGGCCUGGAGGGGUGACAGGGCAGGGGUGGAUGAAGGGAAGGAAAAUGAGUCAGUUCUUAGGGCGAGAGGCUCGUGCCAGAGCUCCAGGCAUGGUCCCUGCAUCCUCACCCAUCUGCAGCCCCUCUUCCUCCCGUUCUUGCCGUGCCUGCCUUCUCAGCCAUCCCUGAGCUGUGUCCCCUUCUCCCAGUGGCAAUUCCCAAGGCUCCUGGUGGCCCAUCCAAACUGUUCCCUGCCAGGGCUGCAGGUACCAGCCGGGUCCCUACGGAGAGGGGCCGCUGCUGGCAGUGCCCCAGGGUGCCAGGGGAGCAGAGCAGCUCUCCCCAUUCCCGUGCUGUUCCCAAAACCCAGGCUGGGCCAUGGUGGGAGAUGGUUUGGGCWUGGCAGUGUUUGCUCCCUGCCUGCCGGGAGCCUUCAGCUGAGUGGAGCAGGUCAUGGAAGCGUUUCCUGUUGGAAAUGCAGCAAUCCUGCUCUGCUGCCAUGACCCCUCUUCCUUAACCCCCCAAAUGGGGCCAGUGCAGGACUUUUGACCCACAAAGAAGAGCAGCAGGGAGGUCAGCCCUGAGAUAGGUGUUUKUAUGGAUUUAACCCUGAUAUCCCACCGAGCCAAAGCCUGGACUUACCCAGCCAUGGGACCACUGGCAGCUCUGCUCUCUGUGCUCAGAGACACUCGGUGGCCAGAGCCAGCCAAGUCCCUGCUCYCAGUCCCUGUCCYGAGCAGCCCCAUGCCCUGGCCCCUCUUUUCCAACCUGGGAUUGUUUCCCUUCCAGCUGGACUCGUCCCAUUGCAACCAUUCACAGCAGCAGCAGUGAAAGCAAAGCCUCUUGCAUGUCCCUGCUCUAUCCAGAGCUUGUCCUGCUUAAUCCAAGCCCCAACCCAGAGCAGCUUCRCCCUCCCCAGCAUGCUUGGACAUCUCCUCCCCAGCUAACAAAGCUCCUGCGUGUAGCAACCCCCCCAUGUCGUCCUUUUAGAUGCCACUUUCAAAGUCAGUAAAUGUUUCACGGUGGGAGAUCGUUCAUCAGGGCUCUGGCACUGACUGCAGCCAAGAAACCAGUGCUGGGAAAAGGUCACAGUGUCCUGGGAGAGACUCCAGCGGGGCCCAGGAGCUGCAGGACCCUGAGGAAGGUGGUGUCCGUGUGUAGGAACCCCUGUGCUCUGGCUGAGGGGGGAAAAAAGUGGGGCAGAGCUGGAGCAAAGCAGCCCUUGAGCCCUUCCACGUGUGCCGGGAGGUGAUUUGUGCUGAGCCCUGCGGGCAUAGCGUUAAAAUCAUUAACAGAGCAAUUAAGGAAGCACCAGUGCACCGAGUGCGAUGGGGCAGGGAGGAAAGCGUAGCUUCGACGUGGGGAGGGGCUGCUGAGCACCCCCUUCUCUUGCCCAAUUCCCUCCCAGCCUUUCGGGUGGGUUUCUCACCCCCUGGGCUCGUCGGUGCCGUUCCCUCCGCCCCUGCUCGUUCGAGUGUUCGCCGUGCGUGCGUGGUGUUGCUCUUCAGGCUUUUUUCUGCCCUCCGUGUCAAUAAAACUCAUUUC